AUGAGACACAACGUUCUCAAGAGUUGUACUCGUUUACUAUGUACCGUACCACGACAACACGUACCUCAGGUAUGCAUCGUCGGUGCUGGUCCGGCGGGCUUUUACGCGGCGCAACAGUUGCUCAAGGAUUCAAGCGACGUAAUAAUCAACAUAUUGGACAAACAACCAGUUCCGUUUGGCCUGAUACGCUACGGAGUUGCUCCGGAUCAUCCAGAAGUGAAGAACGUUCUCAAUAAAUUUCACAAAGUUGCGACCAAUCCACGUGUUGAAUUUAUAGGCAAUGUUAAUGUUGGCAGGGACAUUCAUAUCUCGAAUCUGCGACGCUUGUAUGACGCUGUGUUGCUGACUUAUGGCGCUCAAGAAGAUCGAUUACUUAACGUACCCGGCGAAAAUUUGAACAAUGUGAUAUCAGCUCGGCGUUUUGUUGGUUGGUACAAUGGAGUUCCAGAAGAUAAAGAUCUGAAGAUUAAUUUAGAUGUAGAGGAAGCAGUUGUCAUAGGUCAAGGCAACGUGGCCAUGGAUGUCGCGAGGAUUCUAUUGACGCCAAUUGACAAGCUCAAGGAUACCGAUAUCACUUCGUACGCUUUGGAAGCCUUAAGUCGUAGUAGAGUGCGAAAAGUCUCUAUGGUUGGACGAAGAGGGCCUUUGCAGGCCGCAUUCACGACCGCGGAACUGCGCGAGAUCAUCAAGCUGGAGGGCUGCAAAACUUUCUGGCGAGAGCAAGACUUCGAAAACGUCGAGACAAUUCUGCCGACUUUAGCCAGACCGCGGCUACGAUUAACGGAGCUGAUGCUGAAGUCUUUGAAAGAAUCCAAGACCGACUCGGUGCACGCCAAAGAGCUGCAUCCGAUCUUCCUACGCGGUCCCGUCGAGUUUCGCGGCGACAACGAAUUGAGGAGCGUUAGAUUUGCGGUCAAUCGUCUGCGAGGGGAGACGGUGCGAGAUCAGGUGGCCGAGACGACCGGCGAAUUCGAGGAGAUGCCGUGCGGUCUGGCGCUGCGCAGCAUCGGUUACAAGUCCGUUCAAAUAGACGAGGCGAUACCGUUCAACGCGAAGAAGGGAUGCGUGAGGAACACCAACGGCAAGGUCGAAGGGGGUUGCGAUGUCGCUCCUCUGUACGUCGCGGGAUGGGCAGCGACCGGUCCGACCGGCGUCAUUCUGACGACCAUGACGAACGCUUUCCAGGUCGCUAGAUUGAUGUACAACGAAUUGCCGUCGAACGGGAAAGGCGGCGGCGGCAGGGACGGGCUGCGCGACGCCGUAGAAACGAAUGCAAGCGCAACGGUCCAGACUGUGUCGUACGAAGACUGGCUGAAGAUUGAUCGCGUUGAACGUGAGCGCGGCGGGCAGCUGGGGAAAGUGCGGGAGAAGGUAAUCGACGUGAAGGAAAUGCUGGAAAUCGCUGCAAGCUGA